AUGGCAAACCAAUAUACUGUCAACACCCCCCUUCACGAAACCGGCAAUGAAGACAGCGCCUACCGAAUCACCAACCUCCCCAACCAAGAACAACGUCCCUACCUCCAAAACACCAUCCAUCACUCCGACCGCGUCGUCAAAAGCCAACUCCAGCACGUCAUUCACGGUAAACUUAAUCCUGGCGACCAUGUCUCCGACAAUGCAACUCCCACAGUCGCCAAGUUCGAGUUCCUCGGACAAACGGUCGAUCGUCGGUUCAAGUACGCGCGGAUCAAAUGGGAAACUGUAUACGCUGAUGGCGAUGGCAAUGAUGAGGACACCGAUGCACCCGAAGUGAGAAAAGUUUCACUGGAUGGACAAUAUGUUAUCCAUGAGUCCGUGCUUUCGGUUAGUAAGGAGGUCCAUGGUGAUGCUGGAGUACAAGGGUGUUGUGGGGUUGCUAUGGCGAGUGCUGGAACUGGGUGGUCGCGGCCACAGACUGCAGAGGUGAAGGAUCACAUUUCGAUCUUUGGGAUGAGUGUCUUUACGAACCAAUUGUGCGGGGAGCCGAAUGGCGCUCAGUAG